UAUACGUCGAUUGCGGUAAGCAUGGAAGCGACCGCUUCCAACGACGAUUAUGAGCACGUCCUAGCCGGCGUGAUGUACGUAGUGAAUAAUAUACCGGGACCCGGUGUAGAUGUGGUAGACUUCGAGUCGGAAUAUUCCACAGGCUGUUCGUGCACGGCCGAGUGUCACAGCUGCUCCUGUACACGCGGCUCCGCUAAUUAUUCCGACGCGCGAAUCAUCGACGAGAACUCGAGCGUGCCGAUAUACGAAUGUAACGGUAACUGCACGUGCCAGUCGUAUUGCGGAAACAGAUUGGUGCAAAACGGCCCGCUGAAUUGUCUGGUCGUGCGCGAGGCAGCGGGCAAAGGUCUCGGCCUCUUCACGACCGGAACGAUCCAGAAGGGCCGAUUCAUUUGCGAAUACGCCGGGGAAGUGAUAAGCCUGCACGAGGCGCGGCGCCGUAUCGAAACGAAUCGAAGACACAACGCGAUGAAUUACGUACUCGUAGUGCGAGAGCACUACGGUAAUCGCGUCGCAGUGACUUGUAUAGAUCCCGAGCGCUUUGGUAAUAUCGGACGGUACGCCAAUCAUAGCUGUGACCCAAACUCAAGCCUCGUCCCGGUCAGAGUGGAGGGAAUCGUACCUCGAUUAUGCUUGUUCGCCUCCAGGGAAAUAAAGAACGGAGAGGAAGUGACUUUUAAUUACGCCGGUGGACUUGCGGCUGAUUCCGUCCAUUGUCUCAGUGAUACUCCCUGUCUUUGCGGUUCUAACAGUUGUUUCGGUUACUUACCGUAUGAUCCAGUGUGACGGCACGAGAGAGCCAGCUCUGUAAGAUUAUAUUCACGAACGAUAUAUUAUAAUGAUGAAAAAUUUUAGUUUAAAAGCUUGUAAAAUUCACAUUGCGAGGUCUCUGAUCUACCACGAGAGAGUUGUACGGUCAGAAUGCCGAUGAAAACUAUUGUGUGUCUUGAGAAACGCUUGAUAUCAUAAAGUAGGUAGUAAGGUACAUUGAUCAAAAUUCUCGCGAAACAUAUAAUUCUAUGACUGGUCGUACGUAACGGAAUCUUAAACAUACAUUUUUCAAAGUGUUUUUACUUGGACAUGUAUAUAUAUGUAUAUACAUAUAAACAUGUAUGUACAUACACACGAAGAGAAAAUGUCCAAUUAUACUGGUAACAUCAUAUGUAUCCCAGUCGCUUCCCCUGCUUGUUAAUCGAUUCUUCUCUGUAAUAGAUCGAUGCUAUCAAUUAGUAUACGGAAUAUCACGUAUGUAUUAAGCGAGAUACCCUGUAUAUUUUCACAUUGCUACGUCGAGCUGUAAUGAAAUUUGGUGUUUUAGGUAGUUAUGCUAUUUAUUAUUUUAUAUUUUAUUACGAAUGGAAUUUUAUAUUAUUCUUAUGUGCAAUAACAUCUGAAUUAAAAUUGAGGAUUAUUUCUAUCAUAUAUAUGUGUGUGUGUGUGUAUAAUACAUUUUUAAUUAGAGUAUAUAUAUAUACUCUAAUUUAGAAA